AUGAGCAGCUCGUGGCUCCCUAAGUGGAACAGCUCUUCAUCAAGCCUUCCGGCAAAAGCCGAAGAGCAUAAUCCCACCUUGGAGCUGAAUACUGACUCUCUGCUUGCUCGGCCAAACCCAGGCAGUGAGAUCCACACAUCUGCUUCUACUGGUGAUUUAGAAUCCAAAGGCCGGAUAAAGAAUCACAGUCCUCGGAAGAAGUCAAAUCUUUCCAAACCUUUGAAUCACAAGGCGUCAACAUCGUCGCUUGCUUCUAUGAGCAAAGGCAACUGGCUCAGUUGGGGUCCCAAAAAUAGGUUGGGUUCUGAGAGCGAUUCGAAUGACGAGAAAAGGGAUGGGGACGAGGACAACCACGAUGAUGAGGACCACCUGGCAGAUACUGAUGAGAAUGAAAAUGAGAGUAAUAGCAAUGACGAAAUAGAUGACCAUGUGGGCCACUCGAAUGGCAACCGCAAAAAGCUGUGGAGCUUUUGGAACGGCUCCAAUACAUCCAAUGGAAGCAAUGGGUCUGAUGACAAUUCAAAGGGCAAGAAAGAGCCAGAGAAACCACUUUCUGCAACCAAUGCUAUUGUCAGUUCCACACCUUCCAUUCCUUCUAAGGACGACCUCUUUGGAGGCACUAACGAAAGCACCAAGGAGCAGGCUGCGUCUCAGGAGGAAGGAAAUGCUGCUGUGACAUCCCAGCCUGAUCAAUCAAAGCCUGAAGACGACGCCGUGUUGUAUAAACCCCAUGACUCAGCGAAGCAGUUUCAGAAAAUCAACACCCAUAAGAACGAGAACCUCAAAGAGAAUAUAAUUGUUCCAGACUGGCGCUCCUGCUUGCAUCACCAGAGCUCCGUGAGGCCUCGCUCGUCCCCUGACAACGUAUCAAGUGUGCCCCAAUCUUUUGAUAUCAAAAACUGGAAGGGCUUUUUGUCACAUUUAUCGUCUCGCUUUGGGUUUGGCAAUCAAGCUCAAGGAGACGAGGAAGAGUCGGAAGACGGAGAGCACACCCAGUCAAUUAAGGAGAGAGAAUUUGUGUCUAUCAGUGAAAGAAGUUAUAAACUCUAUGGAAGGUCUCUUUCAAAGCUUUCACAUCACAAGUCCUCAAGUUUGCCUAGCUAUGGCCAACAUCAAGACAUGGGUCAGGAGAAUGCCCCUAAAAGACAGAAGAAGCUGUCUGGCGAGGAUGACGACACGAUUUCAAUUACUAAUGAUGCCAUGGGCAACCUUUUAAUCAACAACCGUGGUCUGCUGUCCGCAAGAGCUACUUCAGGUCAACAAGAAGCCGCUUCAUCGAGGGCAGGUCCUUCCAAGAAGAUCAAGAAAAUUCUUAUCAUUGGUGUACAUGGCUUUUUCCCUACCCGAAUGAUUAGACCUCUUAUUGGCUCGCCUACUGGUACAUCUUUGAAGUUUGCCAACGAAGCAGAAAAAGCUGUUAUUAGAUACUGUGUUGAGAAUGAUCUUAUCAACGAAAGGGAGGCGAAUAGUGUCAGCAUUCAAAAAAUUGCUCUCGAGAAGGAAGGAAAGAUCUUUGAUAGAGUUGAGUUUUUCUUCGAAAUUUUGAAGAAAUGGGAAAGAGAGUUAAAUGAGGCUGACUUCAUCUACAUCGCAUCGCAUUCACAAGGUUGCGUCGUUUCCAUCAUCCUCUUUGCCAAACUCAUCAAACUGGGUGUCCUCAAAAAUCCUAAUUAUAAAAGAAUCGGUCUUCUUGGAAUGGCUGGUAUCAAUAAUGGUCCAUUCUAUGGAAGUGACAAGACGUUUUUUAUGAAAGCUUAUUCCGCUAUCGAGCACAACUCCUUGAAUGAGUUAUUCGAAUUGACAAAAUUCGAUAGCAAGCAGUCCAUCACCUACAAGGAAUCUAUGCAAACGAUAAUUAAUGCUAAUGUCAAGCUAUGUUUCAUCGGCUCCAUCAACGAUCAGCUAGUUCCUUUAUAUUCAGCGCUUGCGUCUCACAUUUUCCACCCCAAUAUUUACAGAGCUUGUUAUAUUGACCACUCAUCGAAGACGCCAGCCUUUAUUCAAAAGCUUGUCUCGCUUUGUUGCCAGUUGCAAAACCUCGGUUAUUUUGACAAUAAUGUCAUCAAGGAGGUCAGCACUGUUUUGGCAGGACCCCUUACAGGUGGAGGGCACUCCAAAAUCUACAACGAUGGUAAAGUAUACGACUUGGGCAUCAAGUUUGCAUUAUGCACUGACGACAUCGUUGUUCCUCCUCACACGAUUCUGACCCCAUCAGAGAAUGCUGUUACCAUUGCGAAACCGCCAGUUACGAAUCAGAUCUACGUGAAAGAGUAUAACAUCAGCAAGAUCGGUACCAACCCCUAUUUAUUGCCGUGGUGCUUGCGCGGUUUUAUUUUCAAUAUUGAGAAAAAUUGGCCUCUCUCUGAUGGUGCAAUCACCGUGGGACAUGCACUGGAACUCAGAAAGAGUGGAGUCGAGGAGAUUGACGAGCUUUACGACCUGUUUGAUCGCUGGAAGCCAGACAGCAAAGUUCUUAAAGACCUCAAAUUUAGACUCAAUGGAAUCCGGGCGAGCAAGCUUUAG